GUGCAAACGCAGCACUUUUUUGGGUGGUUUUUUUCUUCUUUCUUUUCUUUUGUUUCUCUCUCUAAAUCCAUCUUCGAUUCGCGGCAAUCCACAGUUACCUGAUAUUCUCCGCUUCAGCAGAUUCCCCAGAACCCCAUCUUUCUGCCCUUCCCUACUUUCUCUUCAUUGCUUUCCAAGCCAAGAAUCUCUCUCUCUACCACUUCCUCUCAGAUUCCUCUCCUCUCUCUCCCCCCCUCCCUAUUUUUCUCUUCCUUUUUCGGCUACUAUUAACGAUGUCUAAUUCCUCUUGUUUUGCAUCUCCUCCUCUCUCUCUCUCUGUCAUUUUCGGUUUUCGUCUUUCCUUUUGCUUUCCCUCGGAUCUCCCAUUUCGCCAAUUCUAUACAUCAUAUUUCCGCCGCCGUUAUGGCUCCUUCAGAAGUCAAUCAUCUCUCUCACCCUUGUAUAUAUGGGGAUUUUGCUUCCUCAUACUCCGAGAGGAAGUCUGGAUUUAUGAAAUGGUUUAGUAAGCUUUUCAAAGGUGGGUCCAGUCGAGGAAGGGGAGGUCGUCAUCUCCAGCAGCCUACAGAGGAAAAUUUGGUCUGGCGCAAUCCAUCUAGAUCUUUGGAUGACCGUUCUAGAGCUCAGAAGGACAAAGAGGAUCUGGACCGUGCAAUUGCACUAUCGUUAGCUGAAGAUUUGAAGAGACCAAAUGCUCGCCAAGGAUAUAGAUGCCAUGGAAACUUCGACGAAGAUUAUGCGGGUGAAUUUCAGGAUAACCAGAACUCCUCUGCACAUCCUCCUUAUACCCGUGCAACAUGUGGGGAAAUUAGGACAUGUGGUGGGUGCAAGCGGGAGAUAGCCCAUGGGAAUUGUUUAAAGUGCAAUAAUACUUUUUUCCAUCCAGGGUGCUUUCGUUGUCACUCUUGUCGCUACCCCAUUACUGAGCAUGAGUUUUCUUUAUCAGGGAAGCAUCCAUAUCACAAGUCCUGUUUCAAAGAGUUGACCCACCCAAAAUGUGAAGUUUGCUACCGAUUUAUUCCUAUAAAUGCUGCUGGUUUGAUUGAGUAUAGGUGUCAUCCUUUUUGGUCCCAAAAAUAUUGUCCAGCUCAUGAAUAUGAUGAUACGGCUCGCUGCUGUAGUUGUGAAAGAUUGGAGUCUUUGAAUACGAAAUACUAUAGUUUGGAAGAUGGACGGAGUUUAUGUUUAGAGUGCAUGGAGUCAGCUAUUAUGGACACCGGAGAUUGUCAACCUCUUUACCAUGCUAUUAGAGAUUAUUAUGAAGGAAUGAAUAUGAAAAUAGACCAACAAAUUCCUAUGCUUCUGGUUGAGAGGCAAGCACUCAAUGAAGCUAUUGUUGGGGAUACAAAUGGUUACCAUCAUAUGCCAGAGACAAGAGGCUUGUGCCUUUCUGAAGAGCUGACUGUCACCAGUGUUCAUCGAAGACCAGGAAUUGGAGGCCAUAGGCUAAUGGGCAUGAGAACCCAACCUCAAAAACUAUCUAGAAAAUGUGAAGUUACAGCCAUUCUUGUUCUCUAUGGUCUUCCCAGGUUACUCACAGGCGCUAUCCUUGCCCACGAGCUGAUGCAUGGCUGGUUACGCCUUAAAGGGUACCGUAAUCUUAAUCCUGAAGUAGAGGAAGGAAUCUGUCAGGUUCUUUCUUAUAUGUGGCUUGAGUCAGAAGUGAUGCCUGGCCUUAAAAGCAUGCCUUCAACUUCAGGAGCUUCUUCUUCCUCAUCUUCCUACUACUCCUCAUCAUCUAAGAAAGGAACUAAAUCUGAAGUUGAAAAUAAACUGGGUCAGUUUUUCAUGAAUCAGAUUGCCAAUGAUUCUUCCCCAGCAUAUGGGGGUGGCUUUAGAGCUGCUAAUGAGGCAGUGAACAAAUAUGGUUUACGUAGUACUCUUGAACAUAUUCGUUGGACUGGUAAUUUCCCACUGUAAUAACGCAAAUAUGGUAUCGUUUAAAACGAUUGGAUUGAGGGAAAAUGGAAGAAAAAGAAAGGCAAGAGAAUUGUUAACUUAAUUGUUUCUAUCAAGCUUGAUUUCAAUGGAAACUUUAAUUCUCUUCCUUUCUCGUCUCCCCAUUUUUCCUUGAUUCGGAUUUAUACUGAGAACGUUGGGAUUGAUAUGGAUGGCCUUGAAUUAGUUCAAGGUCGAAGACAGAAGCUGGGAGAGCUUCCCCCCUCCUAUUUCUUGGGGGUACUGAGGGUGUGCCAAGUUGGAGUAUACUAAUAACAAAAAUAAAAAGUAUUUCAUGUUGGAGUCUUUGAAUUGUUCUCUCAGAGAAUUUUGGCGAUUCAUUUCGAAACGUUUCUUUCCAAUGUAUCCUGCAUCCGUCCCUUUCUAUUUUCAGCCUUCCGUUAUGAAAUUUUGGUCUUUAA